CACACAGAAAGGGCAAUCGUGAUGAGACUUUACUCGGGCCCCAAUUCAAACAGGCUAACGCCUUUGAGAAAAGUGGUGCAGAGAUAGCUUGUCUGACUGCCCCAGUUUCUUCUGUCUGCCCUCGCCAAGAUGAGUCAAACGUUUCCGUUUCGCCCAAGAAUACAGAACUGUCCACAAGAGAGGCUCUUAACUCGGGCUCCGUGGCGCUUGGUCAUUCGACUCACCCUUCGUGGCCAACAAGCAUGGAAGAGGCAGCCAACAGACUUAAAACAGGUGAACAGGAGCAUAAACUUUAUGAAGAGCAGAUGUGUCAAGGGGAUGAAGCGGAGAUGGAUCUAGUCGAACCGAUGGCCAGGCAUAUUGUCGCCUCUCUCGUCGACGAAGCAGUCGCUAAGGCUGAAGGUAAAAAUGAUGCUGUCGAAUCGAAAAUGUGUGAUUCAAGUACUUUUUACUUGUCUAUGCCACAGGCCCCGUACAUAAAAUAA